CUGGGUUUAUUUUACAAGUAAUUAAUGUGCAUUUCCUACUCCUGCCACUAGGUGGUGUCUUUGCUUUGGGGUUGGGUUUAACAUUUGGGCAGUCAUAUUGAAAUUCAUGAUAGUCAUGUGACACUUACAGGAAGUCACCUGGAAUGCUUUGUUUAUCAGACCAGUUUUGGCAUGGUAGUGUGAGCAGCAGCUACAUCUUAUUCCAUCCUCUUUUGAAUUCACUUUAUAGGAGCAUCGUCUUUUUACACCUUUUACAUGCUGUCAGUUUGAAUAAAUCUACCAAAUCUGACCGGUGUGUGAUGGGAGUCAUCUGUCUGUCUAAUUGAAGAAGGGGAACUCUUUAGUGAGGGCAGAACAGUAAAAAGACGGACUCAACAGUGAUUUCUACCGCAGUGAGUAAGAUAUCCAGCCUGUUCUGCAUCUACCAGUAUCAAGAUGUCAUUAAGAGAAGAAAAGAACUAUGAAACAAGGUCAGAGUGCUCACGCACAUCAAAAUUAUCAAAGCGCUCUGUGAGAUCUUCAGCUAGCUUGCAGGCUGCAUUGGAAGCACGCGCAAAGGCAGAAGGUGCACGGGCGAGAACGUUACAUGCACAAAGGGAGAUUGAUGUUAAAGUAAAAAAGGCUCAGCUGAAAGUGGAGGAGACACGUCUUGAUGCCACAUUGGAAGCCAUACAGCAAGAGAAGGAUGCCGACGCCGCUUUUGCUGAAGCUAAUGUAUGGGAAUCGGCAGUGGAUCUGGCAGCUUUAGGGGAGCUCACUGUUCAUGAUGAAUACCAAGGCUCAUCCUAUCAUUCAGUUGAGAGAACAGAGAAAUAUGUUCAAGAACAGUAUGCCUAUGUGAAAUCUAAUGAGCGCACAGACGAUCCAGAGCAGGAUAAAAAGGUUGAUUUUACUCCCUCAGCAGCUGUUAACCUCAACUCUAAUGAUGAUUCUCAGAGACAUCAUGAGCUACCUAGGCAAAGUGAGAGGCAACGUUUAUCUGUGACAGCCACAAUGCCAACUGCAACAGCUGCUCAUUCAAAACGGCCGCCAGUGCAAUUCACACCAAAAAGAGAAAGUGAAUUUAUUGCACCACAACCAGCAUCUGAACCAAGGAACCAAUGGACACCCAGACACGAUACAGCAGAUUACAGCUAUCCACGGGGAGGAGAAUCCACUUCUAAUGUAUCAGUGCUAGCAAGGUUCUUAGCUCGCCGUGAGCUACUCGCAGCUGGACUCACGAAGUUCAAUGACAAACCCGAAAACUACUGGGCCUGGAGGUCCGCCUUCUCUAACGCUACUGAAGAUCUGGGUCUGAAGCCUAGUGAGGAACUUGACCUGCUGAUUAAGUGGCUUGGACCGGAAUCUGCAGAGCAUGCAAGGAGAGUGAGGUCGGUUCGAAUCAACUACCCUGGUGAGGCCCUCAGCAUGGUCUGGAGAAGACUAGAGGAGGUUUAUGGAUCGCCAGAGGCCAUGGAGACAGCACUCUUUAACAAGCUCGAACGGUUCCCCAAGUUCUCCAAUAAAGAACCCAAGCGGCUACGUGAACUAGGUGAUCUUCUCCUGGAGAUACAGGCAGGCAAGGAGGAUGGGUUCCUGCCUGGUUUGGCUUAUCUGGACACGGCGCGAGGCAUUCAUCCGAUCCUGGAGAAAUUGCCAUUCAACCUGCAGGAGAAGUGGAUGGUGCAAGGUACAAGGUAUAAAGAAAGACACCACACCAUCUUCCCACCCUUCUCAGUGUUCGCCGACUUCAUUCGUGCAGAAGCAAAGAUGAGAAAUGAUCCAAGCUUCGCUGCUGCAGCGCCCAGCAACACGCCCAGCAACACGCCACCUAAGUGGGAGAAAUUCCCAACAAAAUCAGCUAAAACCCCUAUAGCUGUGCAUAAAACAGAGGUUGACAAUCCUGCCAAGGGUGAUGAGACCAAGGGUUCAGACAACCCGAAGAAAGAGUGUCCCAUACACAAAAAGCCCCACCCCCUACCUAAGUGUAGAGCCUUUCGAGCCAAACUGCUGGACGAACGUAAGGCCUUGCUUAAGGAGAAUGGCAUAUGCUUCCGUUGUUGUUCCUCAACCUCCCACCAAGCUAAGGACUGCAAGGCUAUCAUCCAGCGCUCUGAGUGCAACAGCGAUAGGCACAUUGCAGCCCUUCAUGCCGGCCCUGCACCAUGGACAACAAAGCCAGCUAGCGGCCCCUCUGAAGAGCAUGGCGGGGAGGGAGAGGAAUCUACUCCGGCUUCAGUCACUACCUCAAUCAGCACUGAGGUCUGUGGCGACAGCGCGGCAACCAAAUCCUGUGCCAAAAUCUGUCUCGUCUAUGUGUAUCCUAAAAACCAACCCGAGAGGAAGACAAGAGCAUACGCCAUCCUAGAUGACCAGAGCAAUAGGUCACUAGCCAGGUCAUCAUUCUUUGAGCUGUUCAGCAUAGCUGACAACACUUCUCCCUACACACUCAAAACCUGUGCGGGUGUGUCAGAGGCUGCAGGCCGCAGGGCAAGGGGGUUCAUAGUGGAGUCAGCUGAUGAAAAGACCAGUCUAGCUCUGCCUACACUCAUCGAGUGUGAUCAACUGCCUGAUAACAGGGCAGAGAUUCCUACGCCAGCUGCUGUGAAGUACCAUCCACACCUGAAAUCCCUAACCUCCAAGAUACCUCCCCUUGACCCGAGGGCCGAGAUCUUACUUCUUUUAGGGAGAGACAUUAUUCAGGUCCACAAGGUCCUUGAACAGCGCAAUGGCCCCCCACACGCUCCUUUCGCCCAGCGGCUAGCCCUCGGCUGGGUGAUCGUAGGGGAUGUGUGUAUUAACGGUGCACACGUACCCUCACCUGUGAACACAUACAGAACCUACAUUCAUGAGAAUGGGCGUCCCAGCGUUCUGUGUCCCUGCCUCAACAAAAUUGAAAUCAAAGAAAAGCUCAACCACACUUGUCAGUUCCAAAGUCCUUCAGCCUCAGAGCGGCAGUCCUUACCAAGUGACAAAACGCGACUCAUGGGGGAGUCCAUCUUCUGCCACACAAAGGACGACGACAAGACAGCACCUUCUAUGGAGGAUCUUGCCUUCCUGAGGAUUAUGGACAAGGAACUGAAACAGGGUGAAGACAACAGCUGGCAGGCUCCACUCCCCUUCCGAAGCCCACGCCAGCGUCUGCCAAACAACCGUGAGCAGGCUAGGACCCGUCUCGCUAUGGUCACCAAGACACUCAGGAAACACCCUGAGAGGAGAGAGCAUUUCACUGAGUUCAUGAGCAAGCUCUUCGAGAAUGGACAUGCUGAAGUGGCACCACCCUUACCACCAGAUGAGGAGAGCUGGUAUCUACCGUUCUUUGGGGUAUACCACCCUCAGAAGCCUGGACAGGUGAGGGUGGUAUUCGACUCCAGUGCACAACACCAAGGGGUGUCCCUCAAUGAAGUCCUCCUCACAGGCCCAAACAUGAACAACAGUUUGCUCGGGGUACUGCUGCGCUUCAGAAGGGAGCCAGUGGCCGUGACGACUGACAUCCAGCAGAUGUUCCAUUGCUUUGUCGUACGUGAGGACCAUCGGAACUUUCUGCGCUUCCUCUGGCAUCGCAAUAAUGACCUGGAUGACGACGUCAUUGAGUACAGGAUGUGCGUACAUGUCUUCGGAAAUAGCCCGUCACCGUCCGUAGCCACAUACGGGCUCCGAAGAGCUGCUGCAGAGGGAGAGAGGGAGUACGGCGUAGAGGCGAGGCUGUUCGUUGAGAGAAACUUCUAUGUUGACGAUGGCCUUCUGUCUGUCCCUUCAGAACAGGAAGCCAUCACUCUUCUUCACAACACUCAAGGUAUGCUGGCCCUCUCCAACCUCCGGCUUCACAAGAUCUUGUCGAACAGGGUGGCUGUGAUGAGAGCCUUCCCUCCUGAAGAUCUGGCUAAGGGGAUGAAAGAUCUGGAUCUCAGCACAGACCCCAUUCCCAUGCAGAGAAGUUUAGGGGUGAGCUGGGAUGUUUCGGAAGACGUAUUCACCUUCCAAGUUGCUGAUGCAGAGAAGCCUUACACAAGACGUGGGGUCCUGUCAACUGUUAACAGUCUGUUCGACCCACUAGGUUUCGCUGCCCCUGUAAGCGUUCAAGGAAGGUCCAUACUGAGGGAGCUCACCACAGAGUCAUGCGACUGGGACGCCCCUCUCCCUGAGGAAAAGUACAGAGAAUGGAAGCUGUGGAGGGACUCUCUGAAGGAGCUUGAACAGCUCAAGAUUCCGCGCCAAUACACCUCCAUCUCUCUCCGUCAAGCAUGCAGUAAGGAGCUGUGUGUAUUCUGUGACGCUUCCACCAUUGCUAUAGCUGCUGUCGCCUACGUGAGAACAACCGAUGCAAGCAGUAAUGUUGAGGUUGGCUUCAUGUUUGGCAAGGCAAAGCUUGCUCCACGUCCAGAAACGACAAUUCCAAGGCUCGAGCUGUGCGCUGCGGUCCUGGCUGUAGAGAUUGCAGACGUGAUUGUGGAUGAGAUGGACACCAUCUUUGACGCUGUGACCUUCUACUCAGACAGCAAGGUGGUCCUAGGCUACAUUCACAAUGAGUCAAGACGAUUCUACGUCUACGUGAGCAACAGGGUGCAGCGCAUCAGGAGGUCAACAAGCCCUAAACAAUGGAAGCACGUGCCCUCCAGCCAAAACCCUGCAGACCACGGCUCACGAUCAGUCCCAGCAGGCAGCCUAACUCACACCUCAUGGCUGUGCGGACCACCAUUCCUGUUGACACCAGCGACACUUCUCACACAGAAGGUCAGUGCCCUUCCUCCUCCCAAGGGUGAAUUUGACGAGAAGGACCUCUACGGCAAGCAGUGGAGGCAGGUCCAAAGCCUCGCCAACACCUUUUGGCAUCGAUGGAGGACAGAGUACCUCCCCACCCUGCAGAAACGCAGGAAGUGGGAAAAAGAGAAACGCAAUCUGAAAGAAGGUGACGUCAUCCUCCUGAAAAACGACCAGUUGCAGAGAAACGACUGGCCCAUGGGCGUCAUCGUCAAGACCUUCCCCGGCACCGACGGGAGGGUAAGAAAGGUGGAGAUCAAGACUGCGAGGGAUGGGUCAAGCAAGACCUUUCUGCGACCUGUCUCAGAGGUCGUCCUACUCCUCUCCCCAGAGACUGACUAGAGUUACCGUUCUUAGCUCCCCUUGUUAAAGGUGGCAUCUUUUUAGAUACCAGGCGGGGAGUGUGCUGGACUGGGUUUAUUUUACAAGUAAUUAAUGUGCAUUUCCUACUCCUGCCACUAGGUGGUGUCUUUGCUUUGGGGUUGGGUUUAACAUUUGGGCAGUCAUAUUGAAAUUCAUGAUAGUCAUGUGACACUUACAGGAAGUCACCUGGAAUGCUUUGUUUAUCAGACCAGUUUUGGCAUGGUAGUGUGAGCAGCAGCUACAUCUUAUUCCAUCCUCUUUUGAAUUCACUUUAUAGGAGCAUCGUCUUUUUACACCUUUUACAUGCUGUCAGUUUGAAUAAAUCUACCAAAUCUGACCGGUGUGUGAUGGGAGUCAUCUGUCUGUCUAAUUGAAGAAGGGGAACUCUUUAGUGAGGGCAG